AUGGGAGACACUCACCUGCAUCUUAGUCACACCCACGACAUUGUCUCGCCCGACUUCCCGUGGGUCUCGAUCAGUGUCACCUGGCUAGAAGACAUCGUGCCCUGCAGCGAUUGCGAGUCACUGAAGGAAUAUCUGUGCCGGCGGUCCAUUCAGCAACUUCUCACUCGCCUCCAAAUCUUCGAGGACACGGGGCAAACCGAAACCGCCGACUGCAAAUGUGCAUCUCCCAGCAGCAUUACUGUGCAGCCUCCACCCGAUGCUGCCUGUCGCUUGCACGCCGAAGAAUGGCUGUUUGAUCUCGAGAAGUUGUCACCCGAAGCCCUGCAGUGGAUCAAAAACCGCCUGAUCGAGAAGGAUGUCGAGGCUAAGAUGGAAGUCGCCUGGAAGCAAUACCUCGAGCGCCGCACCAACCUCGUCUGGUCUAUGUGCUGUGCCGCCUUCGUCUCUUGGGGCCUGUUCCCGAGCAAGGCUGAUGUCUUCGCCUGCUGGAGCCGUGAGACUCUGUUCGGACCCGGCCCCAGUCUCGCCGGUACUGCAGGAGUCGUCAUGCGUCUCAAGAGUCGUCACUCCAAGACCGAUGACCCCGGUGACAACCACUGGUUGUCGUACCUCGCACGCCCCUCGGUCGACGUCGAGGCCAGCUGCGUUCCUCCGCUCACUCCUGCAGUCGGCGUCAUGGUGGCUGAACCAGCUUUCCUCGACACUGCUGCAGGAGAGCUUUUUGCCUCAUAUGCUAAAUAUGAUGUGGAGGUUGCUGCCGCCGAUACAUGGAAGACUGCCGGCUUCUCCACUUCUGCUUGCGUCAAGGAUAGCAAGUGGGUCAAGCUCGACGGCAUCAAGGGCGCAACUGUGCUCUUUCUGGGCUGCUGCGUGAUUCGUGACUCCGAGGCUUGCGCAAAGCUCCUCAAGCUCCGAGACGCCGGGGAGGACAUCCUCACCGAUCUCACCAACAAGAAGCUCGUCGGCCCACUUGAGCCCGUCCAUGGAGCUUGUCUUCGUUCCCUUUUCGAAGAGGCGUUGGAGGUUAGCACCGACUGGAGCUUCGAGCGGGUGUGCCAGCGUCUCACCCUCUGGUUCACUGCCUGGAUCACACGACCCAAAGCUGAGUACCUCUUUCAUCUGCCCGAUCUUCCCGCAGAGGAGAUCCUGAAGGGUGCCCUCAGCCUUUGCAAUGCUUGGACUCGCGAACGUAACCGACUCUUUGCCCCCAAGACCGUUGAGGGCUGGGAAGAUGCUGCCGAGCUCUCGGCCAUGGCGGCGUGGUACGGCUCCGCAGUCGGAGCUGUCACUAUGGCCUGUCUGAUAAAGACCGAGGAGAGAGUCCGCAAGAUGGACCGCACCAAACGCGCGGCUGACCUAAUGGAGGAAUGGCUCCAGAAUGGUCUCUCAAUUGUCGGAGGUGUGCUGCUCGGCGCUGAGCUAUCAGUCGAGUUCGCAGUCUCGAAGCGCGAGCUCCUCAAUCUCCUCAAUGCCAAAGCCAAGAAGAAGAUUCAGGAUGACCUUACCACCCUCAUCGACCUUCUUCGCCAUGUCCGUGCCGUCCUGAGGUCCGUUGGACGAGUCUAUGCUCGGCAUUUCGACAGCGCCACCUUCAACAAGGUGUUCCAGCAAGCGUUCUGUUGUGCAGUCACCCAUCAUCAAGUUACCGCGAAAGAUGUCAUUUCCUUCUUCUCAGGCUCCUUUGCGUCAGGCGAGCUCAGCUCGCUGCGUGACGGCAACGUCACCCACUACUACGCCCAAUGGGGCCGAUUCAUCUUCGAGGAUCUCACCAAGCUCAGAGUCGUCGAUUACUCCGAGGAAGAUUUGAGGACCAACAUCCGCUUCAGGGAUUGCUGGUCGACUUCCGCUGCAACUCUCUGCCCCCCUAGCAGCCCACACUCGGCGACGCCCUCCGCGCAAUCGCUGUCCUCGACUCAAUCAGCAAGUCCUGAUCUGAUGCAGAUGACCUCAACUGCCGGCAUCCGCACCACCCCCACUGCGCCUGUUCUUCCAGCGCCGCCCAGUCCGCCAGCUGCCCCCGGCCCUCCAGCCGUGCCCGCUCGUACAGCCGCGCCCGCUCGUCCACCCUCGCCUAGCCCGCCCGACGCCCCUUCCGCAUCUCCAGUGCCCGCUGCGCCCGUUCCACACGUGUCGAGGCCCGUCGUCGUCCCGACCCCUGCUCGGAACUUGCCCCGUGCGCCUGCACAGCCCGUCGCGAGGGGCUGGCGCAUCUGCCUUCGUGACCCCUUGCCGCCAUUGUGCCCUACUGGUGGUCGGCGCCCGCUCCUUUUGGUCCAAGCUCCUGCACCGCAAUCUCCAAGGAGUGCAUUGUUACAUAUCCUUCUGAGAUCGCCGACGGCCUGUUCGUCUCGAGGGGUGACGUGGUGA